AUGGAGUGUGGAGAGAUGAUGUUUCUUUGGGUUCUUGCUAUUCGCUUGGCCACUUUGGUGGUGGUGCGCUCGUGGUGGUGCAGCCAGCACCACCAAAAGGGCCCCAAGCUCGCCCCAGGAACCAUGGGAUGGCCCAUCAUAGGAGAGACCCUGCAAUUUAUUGGCGGCUCUGAAGGCCCUGAAAGUUUCAUCAAAGAGAAGAUUCAGAAAUGUGGAAUUCAUGUCUUCAAGACCCAUCUCCUCGGCAGCCCAGUCGCAGUAUUUUGUGGAGCAACAGGCAACAAAUUCCUGUUUUCGAAUGAGAACAGGGUGCUCGUAAAUGCGUGGCCAGCCUCUGUCGGGAGGAUAUUUGGCAAUUCAUUGAUCACCACGACAGGAGACGAAGCCAAACGGGUGCGUAAACUCCUAAUGGCUUUUCUGAGUCCAGAGGCUCUCCAUAAGUUUGUUAGUCGAAUGGAUUCCGUAGCUCGAGAGCACCUAAAAACACGCUGGAAUGGAAAACCAGAGGUGAAGGCAUAUGAUAUGAUCAAGGCUUAUACAUUCGCGCUGGCCUGUAGCCUGUUUGCUAGUAUUGAGAGAGAGGAUCAUAGUGCUGAGCUCUCUGUUCUCUUCACUGUUUUGGUCAAGGGGCUAAUGAGGUUGGACCUGAAAAUUCCUGGAACAAGGUAUUAUAAGGCUAAAACAGCGACGCAAGCAUUAAAAAGAGAGCUGAGGAAGGAGAUGGAGGUGAGAAAGGAGGCUUUGAGGGAGGGAAGGGCGAGCCCGAAGCAAGACCUAUUGUCGUAUUUACUCACCACUGCUGAUGACCAGGGCGGUUAUAUGAGCGAUGCAGAGGUAGUGGACAAUAUAUUGCUCUUGCUCUUCGCUGGCCAUGAUACGAGCAGUUCGACAUUGUUGAUCGUGUUGAAGCAUUUGGCCGAGAAGCCUUACUUCUACAAUGAGAUCCUCACGGAGCAAAGGGAAAUUUCCCAAUCCAAGGACAAAGAGGAACUACUGAACUGGAAAGACAUCCAAAAGAUGAAAUACACUUGGAAUGUGGUGUGUGAGGAGCUGAGAGUUUCGCCGUCUGUUGCUGGAGGGUACCGGCAAUCGCUAACUGACUUCACAUUUGCCGGAUUCCAUAUCCCGAAAGGUUGGAGGCUCCAUUGGAACACACAUACAACCCACAAGGUCGCAGAGUAUUUUCCUGAUCCUGAAAAGUUUGAUCCAUCACGUUUCGAGGGAAAGGGACCACCACCCUACACGUUCGCCCCUUUCGGUGGGGGACCACGCAUGUGCCCUGGUCUUGAGUUUGCAAGAGUGGAGAUUCUAGUGUUCUUGCACAAUUUAGUGAAGAAUUAUGAGUGGAGAUUGGUCUUCCCAGACGAGAAGAUAAAAAUCGAUCCUAUGCCGGUUGCUGAGAAGGGACUCCCGAUCCGCCUUAACCGACAUCAGCAAGAUUCAUGACUCUCUCUAGAGACUUGGAGCUCCAUGGCGAGGUUGUUGUUGAGAUUCCUUCUUUCUAUUGAAAAUUAUGGAACC